AUGAACCCACAGACCAAAGUCAUCGCAUUGAAAGCGAUGCGAACGCUUCAGAUAUUCAACAUUGAGAUGAAGUCUAAGAUGAAGGCCCACACCAUCAACGAAGACGUGGUCUUCUGGAAGUGGAUUAACGUGAAUACCAUAGCAUUGGUGACGGAGACCGCAGUGUUUCACUGGUCUAUGGAAGGGGACUCUUUGCCCGCGAAGAUGUUCGACAGACACACGUCACUCAACGGCUGUCAAAUCAUAAACUACAGGUGCGAUCAUUCGCUGAAGUGGUUGCUGUUGAUUGGGAUCUCCGCUCAGCAAAACCGAGUGGUGGGUGCGAUGCAGUUAUAUUCCGUGGAGCGGAAGGUUAGCCAACCCAUCGAAGGCCACGCGGCGGCGUUCACUCAAUUCAAAUGCGAGGGA